AUGUACUCUCACCAUUCUCACUCAAUCGAUCAUAUUGCACAUGGAGUUGACUCUCUGGAGGCUAUUAUAGAGGAAGUAAAAAGACAGGAAUUCCAUACAUACUGUCUUACAGAACAUACACCUAGACUCACACCCUCAUUACUUUAUCCUGAGGAGAGAUGUAAUACUGAGCAAGAAGACUUAAAGCGUUUAGAAAGGCAAUUCGAUUCUUACAUUACUCAUGCACAAGAAAUAAAGGCGGUUACUACUGGUACAUCUAUUAUAAUUGGGAUGGAGGUCGAAGCUUGUGAUUUAAGACAUAUUAAUUACGCCAUUGAACUCAAGGAAAAACAUUCUAGUGUUCUAAAGUUUUGCGUGGGUUCUGUUCAUCAUGUCAAUGGGAUUCCAAUUGAUUUUAGUGAGGAUCUAUGGCUAGAAGCAUUACAGAGCGUUGGCAAUAAUCUCAAGAAAUUGCUAUAUGAGUACUUUAACAUGCAGUAUGUUAUGCUGAAGAAGCUGCGCCCGAAGAUUGUGGGACAUUUCGAUUUGAUUAGGCUAUUCAUACCCAAAACAGGGGCUUAUGUUAAUACAAAAUCAGGCGAAGUUUCAUUCAGUCAAAGUCUUGAUGUUGACAAUUGGAUACCAAUAAGUGCCAUUUCAGCUAACGUAAUGAGUUUCUGGAAUGAUAUUCAAGACCUGAUUAUCAGAAAUCUGACGCUUAUUGAUGAAUACGAGGGCCUAGUAGAGAUCAAUUCCUCUGCUUUUCGGAAAGGUCUGUUGGAACCUUAUCCACAUAGAGAUGUCGGACUAUUGGUCAAGAAAUAUGCUAAAGGCAGAUUUGUGUUAAGUGAUGAUGCGCACGCAGUUUUACAUGUAGGAAGAGAUUAUGAUAGAGUACUAGACUAUGCUGAGGAUGUAUUGAAGCUUAAAGGUCUACAUUUUUUAUCUGAAAACAGGGCUGGAGAGCUCGAAAUUAAUUUUGUCUCCUUACAAUCCAUCCGAACAAGUAACUUUUGGAAACUAAAGUAUACAUUUGCUGGUAAAAGCAAGUUAAUAGACGGAAUGGAUUCGCUAAGUUCCUAA